ACAAUUGGUAAUUUUCCAUUCUGCUCGAAGAAUGCCUGUCGCAUGGCGAUUCUAGCGCGACCUGGGCGAGCGUUUAUCGCCUGCUACUUUAAAUGGCGAUUGUUCCGGGCCCGUGGAACCGCCGGGCAUUCCGCGGUGAGAUUAGGCGGGCCACCCAGGGGCGCAGGGCGAGCUAAGCAGGCUCCGGCUGGACGGCGGAGGGGAGUGGCUGGCACGCAGGGGCAAGCCAUGCCGCGCCAUGCCGCGCCACAAUGCCACCGGCGGGCUGGAGCGGAAAUGAGGCCAAGCUUGUGGCUUCGACGGCGGUCGCAGCCAGCCUGCAGUCGGGUCCUUGCCAGCACGAUUCUCGAGCGGUCGCCAGGAGCAGCUGUUUGCGUGCUAGAGCUCCUACCCCUACCUCGUAGUAGAUGA